GGCGAACAGCCCAUCUCGUCGGCGAGUCUCGUUAUAACCAUGGUGUCUUUCAAAGUUGACGGAACCCCGGUGGACGAUCCGCCGUCCAAGGGCCCGCGAUCGGCCCCACAAUCGGCACCCUCCACGGCCUGGUCUGGCUCCCCUGGUAAAGCCAACAUCCUCACCCGCCAAUUCUCCGCUCUGCCCCUCAUCGCCCUGCUCUACACCGCCGCCGUGCCAUUCACGCCAGUUGUAUGGGUCCUCAAUAUUGAUGGAAGCUCCCUCUUCGACCGCCUCUUCGCCGGCAUCAUUAUGCUGUCGGUCUGCUAUUUCCAAUGGCGCAUCGCAGGGCUGACGUCACCUCUCGCCGUCUUCCUUCCUGGUCCUAGCAAUACGACUAUUCGGAACGGAGGCAUCGAGACUGGCUCGAGCAUGGGAUUUGUGUGGCACCCCAGCAAUUACUGGCCGUAUGUUAUUUGCGAGGCGAUGGUCUUGGGCGUUGCCGAGUUUGGGGGGAACGAGUUGGUGAGACGGACUAUCGUGUGUGGUAUCAUUGCUGGGCUGUGGCUGGUUGGGUAUCAUGCGACUCCCGAAUCUACAAGACGAUGGGCCUAUGAGAAUGUCAAGGGCUGGCUGUUUUGGAUGGUGUUGGAUGAGAUGAUGCGUGUUGGAGGCAGAAGCUACAGCGGGCGUCGCCGGAGAUGAAGUGGAUAGCUCUAGGUUGAAAAUUUGGCACCUUAAGCAUCGAAUGCAUCAGAUUUGUCCUCCAUAUCAUCCCUACCAUGCUACUUAUCUACGAAUAUCAUGAGAAACACAUUCAGUGGACG